AUGGGUGCUGUUGUCUCCUGCAUUACUGGCGUCUUCCACGCAAUUGGUCGCUGCCUGAUGGGCAUUGUCAACGCCAUCGGCUCCAUCCUCCGCGCCAUUCUAGACGGCAUCAUCACCAUCUUCGAUGUGAUUAUCUCCUGCCUGACCUGCCAGGGCUGCUCUGGACGUCGUCAUCGGCGAUCUAGAUCUGCAGUGUGA